GAGGAGACUGCCAGAAGAAAUGCUGGUCCCAGGUGCCCUAGAACAUUACACCCGGGACCAUGGCGACUCCUUGGCCAAUCAGAAAAGAGAGGUACACCCAUGGCUCCGCCCCCUCUGUUAGAUGGUCCUCUUUGAUGCUGCUAUGGUUGCCAUGGGUUUUGUUGUGGUUGCCGUGGCCCGGGCGUGGUGCUGAAGUGGGAGCGCCUGGAGCGAAUAGUGGGAAGCCCCUGUCAUCCUCAUCGUCGUCAUCAUCGCCCUCUAACCCCUCCGGCUCGACAGCUUGGGGGUUCAGCGCUCGGCAGAGUAAAGGCCAACUGGAUUGGCUGCUCUCGGAGAAGGGGCCGUUCCACAGAUGUCCCGAGUACACAGAGUUCAGAGAGAGGUUUACAGGGGGAUUCUCCACCAGAUACAAAAUAUACAGGGAGUUCAGCCAUUGGAAGGUGAACAGUUUGGCCACAGAGAAAAGGGACUUCCUCCGCUCUCCGCUGCCUUUAGCUCCCGAGUUCCUCCGAAACCUGCGGUUGCUGGGGCGACGGCCCACGCUGCAGCAAAUCAACGAUAACCUCAUCAAGAAAUACGGCACUCACUUCCUCAUCUCAGCCACUCUGGGAGGGGAGGAGUCGCUCACCAUUUUCCUGGACAAACAGAAGCUGAAUAAGAAGUCUGAAGGCAACAGUAACAGCUCUGUGGUCUCUCUGGAACUGCUCCACCAGCUCGCCGCCUCCUACUUCACCGACCGCGAGAGCACCCUAAGGCGACUGCACCACCUUCAGAUCGCUACAUCAGCCAUCAAGGUGACAGAGACCAGGACAGGCCCCCUCGGCUGCAGUAACUACGACAGCCUGGAUUCGGUCAGCUCGGUUUUAGUGCACAGUCCGGAAAAUAAGAUCCAUCUAAAAGGACUACAAGAUGUCCUCCCCGAGUUCCUGCGUGGGCGGUUUGUGGAGGCCGCGCUCAGCUACGUGGCAUGUAACUCCGAGGGCGAACUACUCUGCCGCAACAAUGACUGCUGGUGCCGCUGCUCCUCCCGCUUCCCAGAAUGCAACUGUCCUUUCGCCGACAUCAAAGUCAUGGAGGAAAAUCUGGAGAAGAGUAAAGAGGCCUGGAAUAACUUCAACCUGGAGUUUAUGGAGUCAGAUGAAUUCAAAUCCUUUCUGAAACGCUUGCCCACCGAUCGCUUCUUGAAUGUGUCCAUGAUCGCCAAGUUCUGGUCAGCUGACUUGUCCGUCCAAAAGCGCUACGCCCAGCUGGAGUCGAGCACUGCGCUGGUUCUGGGAAAGGCUCAGAAAAUCAUCAGGAAACUGUUCACCCUGAGUAAACGCUGCCCCAAACAGCCUCGUAUCAGCCUGCCCCGAGAGAGGCCCGUGGGGUUCUGGCUGGGCCGCGUCCAGUCUCUGCUCUACUGCAAUGAACAUGGGGUCCUUGGCUCCUUCUCUGAGGAGGUGAGGAGCUGCAGCUGCCCUGUGGAGCAGCCUACUUGCCAGGGAGUCAUUCCUUGUGUGAUUGGCACCACCUCCACUUCCUGUUCCUCCUGUGCAGCCGACAACGCCACCCGCUGUGGGGCCUGUCACCACGGCGACCUCCUCCAUCUUGGCUCCUGUCGGCCGAGCAUCGCAGCAUCUCUGGAUCAUUAUCUCAACCUGGACCUAGACAUGCCGGACGCUGAGGUGAAAUACUUGCUGCAGCGCCUCGACAGCAGAAUUGAAGUUCACGCCAUCUACAUCAGCAACGACGUUCGCUUGGGGAGCUGGUUUAACCCUGCCUGGAGAAAGCGGAUGUUACUGACGCUAAAAAGCAACAAAAACAAGUCCAACCUUAUCCACAUGCUGAUGGGCAUUUCUUUCCAAAUAUGUGCGACUAAGAAUUCCACUCUGGAGCCUGUGCCUGCAGUGUAUGUGAAUCCUUUUGGUGGGAGUCACUCGGAAAGCUGGUUCAUGCCUGUGACCCAGCCCGAGUUUCCAGACUGGGAGAGAACUCGAUUAGAGACCGGCCCCACAGCUCAGUGCUACAACUGGACUCUGCCUCUGGGCAUCAAGUGGAAGUCCUUUUUUGAAACGGUGCACAUUUACCUUCGGAGUCGAAUUGUCACCGACGACCCGACAGUGAACGAGACCCUCUUCUAUGAACCACUGGACCUGGAUGAUCAGACGUCAAACAUGGGUUACAUGAAGAUUAACACCCUUAAAGUGUUUGGAUACAGCAUGCACUUUGACCCCGAGGGCAUCAAGGACCUAAUCCUGCAGUUGGACUACCCGUACACCCAGGGCACGCAGGACGCAGCUUUCCUCAUGUUGUUGGAGAUGAGAGAUCGGAUUAACCGCCUGUCCCCGCCCGCGCCGCAGCCUCUGGACCUGUUUUCCUGUCUUCUGCGUCACCGCCUCAAACUGUCAGCCGGAGAGGUGGCACGGAUCAAAGACUCUCUACAACUGUUCAACUCCAAACUACCCAAUGCCACUCCUGAGCCCGAGAUGGCGCAGCUCUGCAGCUAGCUGGCUUAGCACAUUUCAGGCUAGUGGAGAGGCUGCACCAGACUAUGUAAUGUAGACUGGGCAGGCCGGGCUCAUAGACACCUUUGGGACUCGCUGCCAGGCUUGUCCCAUGAUUGGCAGGGGACUUUCUGGUGUCUUAAUUUUGAAUGUUUGGAGUUUACUAGCAGAGCCAUUGACAGUGCAGAAAGCAAGCCUUGUCCUGUUACUGCCCUGCAGUGAACCUGGAAAAACUCAGCGGAGUCUAUGUCAGCUUUAGUGGCUGAGGAAAAGCAGACAAAUAAGACCUCUGCCUUACAAAGACGAAGACAUUUUUGAUAUGUAAAGAGGAACUCUUGAGGGGUCUUCAGAAAUGAUCCAGUGGAAGAAGAUAUGCCCUUUUCUAACCCUAUUUUCUUUGGCUACGGGAGUGAAGGGAAUCGGAAUAAUAUUAUAUAUGUGGUGAAUGAGUUGUUAUGCUUACCAGUUUAAAAUUUGAUUUUAUCAAAUUGAAAUUUUAUCUGGCAUUUAAAACUUGUACAAAAUGUAUCUACGCUUAACAUCCCAGUGAGAAACCUGUGAGUGAUGUUCUGUCCUUGGUGCUGAGUCUAACCCAAAGGGAAACAUUGGCAAAUUGGAUUACAAAAUACUAUGUUAUUUUUUUGUUUUGUUUUUACUUUCUAGCUGUACUGUUUUAUUUAUCUAAAUCAAUCAAGAAAUCUAUUGACGUGGUCAGUCUGAAGUCUGCAGAUACAAGUGGCGCUGUACAUACUGCUCCAUCUAACCCUGGUGUGUAGAAAGUGCACAUUGCUUUUUAGAUACCCAAAGACCAAAAAAAUGUUUAUAACGAGAAACUCAUGCCUUAUUUGAAGGGUCAAUGUUACAAAGAAGCACAUUUGAUUUCUGUUUUGAUUUUCAAGCCAAGGCUGUGUUGCUUUUUAUAUUCCCAAUAUUUCUACCAAGACAGAACAAUGAACACACGCUCCUGAAUAUGUGGUGAU